GGCCUUCCAGCCAUAUAAGGUACAACUGCGAAUUACUCUUUACCUCAGUAGUUUCCAAUGUCCAAGACACAUUAGACUGCGUUGAGAAAUGUUACCAGAAAUUGUGAUUGCAUGUUGUUUGCUCAUUGUGACGGUGCUUGCAAUUCAAACCAUACCUUACCGAAUGACGGAAAAUAACCCUUGCCAAUGGAAGUCAUCGAACGAUUUCGACAAAGUGUUUUUCGUGCCACGACACAGCACUGAUACCAAUUCCACGAUUCGAGCAAUUAACUUGCAUAAUCCAGUGCUUGACGCAGAGUUCUGCUUCGCUAUGACCCCAUACGCGAAUCAUGUUUUAGUGGAGAGGUCAAACUUUUUGACAACGAUCGUCAUACCGAAAAACUGUCAUAUCAACAGUCUCGAAGUCAUUACAACCGCACUGAAGCAGAUCGAAUUCGAACAAAACAACUACAUCAGGAAACUGGUGGUGCGAACGAGUGAUUUGCGGGUAAUCUCUCCAACCAUACGCAAGUUAGCGAACCUCGCCGAGGCCAGGUUUCAGUUUUGUAAACUAGAAUAUCUGGAUUUGAGUUUGUUUUGCUCGUUAACGAACAUUCAGAAGUUGGAUUUGUUUCGGAACAAUAUUACCACCGUAAGGGGCAUUGCUAGUGACGCAGUGUGUCAAUCGGCUUUGCAGGUAAUCAAAUUGAACGAGAACAAAGUAAGAGUAUUAAGAUUGGACCUGUUCGCUCCAUUCAAGAAGUUGGUCUGGUUGGAUUUAACGUCCAACAUGCUUGAGUCAUUGCAGGGCAGCCUUGCGAAUCCAGCGCUAGAGACGUUAAUAUUGUCGCACAAUCAGCUGACGGUGGUGGACAUGUGCAAAUGGUCGAAACCGAACAAGAUGCUUGAGUUACACGUGUCGUUCAAUAACCUGACGGCGGUUCCUUUGUGUCUGGAAGCUUUGGGAGAAGUUACGUACGUUGAUUUGAGGUUCAAUUACAUCAGACAAGUGGAGGUACAAGCAUUGAACGCCCUGCCAAAGUUGGAGUGCAUAAAUUUAACGUACAAUAAUAUUACCUCGAUUCCUUUGGAUGAAAGUCUGUACUCUCCGGUGCUGAAAGUGCUUCAAGUGCAUGACAAUCCGCUGGGAAAUAUAACCAUACCGGUAGGGACGUUUAACAGGUUGAAAGUAGUUUUGGAGAGUCAACGUUUAGAGUUUGUAUAGCAUAUUAGUUGUUGGAGGAAUAAACCUAAGGCGUGGAAACGAAAGAAACAAUCA